AGGUUUUUCCUUCUCCGAUGCAUUCGCGCAUCAUACGAAACGAUACAUCGCAAAGAAGUCCCAAAGCCACACAGCAGCUUUACACCUGCAGGUGCCGUUUCAUUAGACGGUGAGAACCAAUCAUUUUUGCCAGUGACCGCUUAUUGCUCUUUUCGUUUUCUUCCUUUGACGCUGCGCUUUGUGCAGCCCUGCGCAUGUGUGUGCGUGUGUGCCGCCUCGCCAACUCUUUUAUUAUUAUUAUUAUUGUAAAGCCUAAACUCCUCUCUGAUACGGUGCAUUGUGGGGAUAUUUUGGGGGUCGAUUGUAGCUGCGAGAGAGCUAUAUAUAUAUAACGGCUGAUUUAUAAAUCUCUUCUCUUUUGUUGUUGCUGCAGCGAUUGUAUGAUCUUGCUGACACCACAGGGCGAUAAUUUCCUUCGUCUGCUUUUCUUUUCUUUCUCUUCCUUCUCUCCUCAGCGGAACAGACUGCCAUCAAAACUUUGGCUUUUCUUCCAUCGUCUGCUGUGAAGCGUAUACACAAGGAGCGCUUUUUCUCCUCUUUUCUUUUAGUGGGACUGAUCAUCUCACAAGGGCGACUGGAAGAGCAACCUGUAUGCGUUUUCUCCCUCUUUGCCCUUCUCCCAGCAUAUCACCAUUACUAUUUUGAAAGUGCAGCGUACUGCAGCUUACUUAAAUAACCUGGUUUGACGUGCACGACUCCACUUCACACAUUUUUCUUUUCUUCUUUUCAGAUUUCUGUUUCUGUCCCCUUUUCUUUCGUCGGUGCUGUAGAGGGACUCGCUUGCCGCGAUCCGGCGAGUGCUUGUUUUGUGCUCUGUCUUUGUUGUCAGUGUUGCGGGGACAAUUAACGCAGUCCUUGUCGGUUGUGCAUGAACUCCACCGGAGCUGAGUUCAUUUUUUUUCUCUCUUUUUCCUGUGCGGUAUUUGAACGCCCUCCAUUUCUUUUAUUUUUUUUAUUUUGCAAUACACUGCUAUCUUUUGUGUUUGCUUGUUUGCUUGUUGUUCCUCCGCUCUUAUCAACACCGCGAAGACGUCUUCAAAGAGAAGAAACGACAGGGGGCGUACCUCAUUCCUCAAUCAAUCGGAGUGUUUGAACACCUCCGACAUAACGUAUUGAAGUUGAAGAAAACAGAUCUUUAAUACCUAUUCAGGAUGACGCUGCGAAGCCGCGCGCGUAUCACCUGCGCGGUGCGCGCCGUCAUUGUCCUGUUAGUCCUCGUACUUGCCGGUGCCGGCGUCACGAGGAGUGUUGUCGCGCAGGGAGACGGAGGCACCGUAAAGUCAGCGACUUCGAUGGUACAGGAAACGCCAUCGCCGCUGCAUCAAACAACGGUGCUGAACCGUCUGUGGUGGCGCAACCUGGAAGAGCAGGAUGCCUUCAUCCACGCGCUUUUCCGCGCCCCACUCGCCACGGCAAACAUUGGCAUGAUCUCCGGCGCGGUGGGCGGCGAUGGGGCCGGGGUGCCUCAGAGCGACAACAGCAUCAACAACGGACAGGGCACCAUGCAUCAGCAGCAGCAGCACGGACGCAGCAGAGCUACGACAAGUCGUGGCACCGCCCAUCACGCGCCAGCCAACAGCACUGGCCCGGAAAAGGGUCUUUUUAUUCCAAAACUGCAUCUUGUGUACACCAUCACACGGGAGCAGAAACGGACGCUGGAGGCGCAGGCAGCAACGGCGUCGGCACAUCUCUCUGCGACGGCCGCUGCCGCCAACCCGACGUUUGCGGAGUCCACCGGCACGUCGUAUACGCAGCUGCUGCGCUCCGUGUUGCCUCUGGGCUUCGAUGGGUCGCCGGAGGAGGAGACGGCGAAGCCGCUCACUCCACUGCAGACUGCCGCCCUGCAUUCCCCCAUUGCCCCUCUGCGGGCGUAUGUCGUAGAGAACGGCGGAGACUAUGCCGAGCCGGGCACACCACCAUCGCCGCAAGAGCAACAACAGCGACUUCACAACGAAGGUGCGAGAUCUUUUCUAGCCGAUGAAGUCGAAGCGACGACGGCAGCGAAGAAGACCGACGUGCUACAAUUCGUGAGGACGGUCGACGAGGCGGCGGCGGAGUCGCCUCCCGCCUCCGCCACUACCACUACAGAAACCUCGGCUCCCCUCCCGCAGACGGCCAACGUCGUCGGCUCGCCGAGCUCCUUCUACCAGUCGCAGAACUCCGCCGAUGAGACGCUGGUGGUGGUGGGCAGCGCAACGCGCGCCGUCGUGCCGCUUCGGGUGACGGGCACGAGCUACACCGUCGUUCAGUUCGACGGCAAGGCGGGAAACACGAUCAACGCCGUGGUGCAGCUGCGCGAUCACCGCUACAACGAAUCGGUCAAGCUGGACAACUGCUAUCACAUGUACCUCAAGGUGGAGCUGCGCAACCAUGUGAAGACAGACCACAGCGGCAGCAAUGGCGACCGCUCCGGCGCGUAUGCCACGACGCAGCCGCACCCGUACGUGAACAAAAACCGGUGGAGCAGCGCGACAGAAAGAAGUGCCGCUCCGCUCCAUGACGGGAGCACCGGCGGUGGCAACAGCGGAGGCGACAACGAUCCUGACACGAGCACCGCCAGCCGCGGCAGCUGGGCCAGCUUUUGGGAUUCCUUUGCGCUGAUGUUCGACACAAGCGCGCUGUGCAAGGUGCUGCCGAGCAUCUCCAUGCGGGUGAGCAAGGCACAGCAGACGGAGCCGUUCUACGUGGUCGUGCGCUCCACCAGCGGCUACGCGUACGAGGCGGCGUACUACUACAACACCACCUCCGGCGCCUUUUACGCCAACACGAAGGACGACGACUACACCUGCGAGUUGGACCUCUUCAUCGAGCAGUGGCCCGCUGCGGCACAGGAGCGACGGCAGUUCAUCUUCGCCGUCAUUGUCCCGCUGCUCGUGCUGCUGCUGCCGCUGCCGUUUACGAUGCGUAGGGCAGACUUAGUGCAGCAGUACAUGAUGGAGACGGACUACGCGGAGUGGGUCUGGCGUCCGCCGUAUUACCUCCGCAAUCGCAUGAUUGAGGGCCUGAAGGCGGUGGUGGACUGGGGGGUGCGCCUGCACAGUGCGUAUCAGCAGCAGGCGUUGGUGGCGCAGCUGCAGCGGCAGCAGCAGGAGCAGCAGCGGGUGCAGGCGCCAUCUUCCUCCUCCUUGGCACGUAGCGGUGCUCACCAGGACAUCAACAGCAAUGAUCCUGGCAAGGACAUUAAAAGGAAACAGACGGCGACAGCGGAAACCCUCUCGGUGCCUCAACUCCCUCCUUCCACGGCGGCUUCACGUGCCGUCCCGCAGGCCUUCACAGCAGGAGCCCAGGCCCACGAAGGCAGCGACAGCGUGCCGCUCUUUCCAAAUCGCCGCCACAGCCACCACUCACUCGUGUCAGAGAGACCUCUUGAAAGGGAAGAAGAGCUUGGACUUCGCGUGUGCACCCCACGUGCGCAGUUCAAGGAAACAGAAAGUGCGGCGAGCAGCACCGCCAGCGAUGUCUCCCGCCUGGAGCGCUCAUCUGCCAGCUGCGCCAGCGGCUCGGACGUGGACGAGGGUCUCGACGGGCGGCGUCUGCAUCGCCGGAGCAGCGAGGAAGGCGAUGGGCGUCUUUGCCGAAGUGCAUCGCACCCCGGUGCGGUCUCCCCACCGCAGAAGCUAUGCGCGUCCGAUGCGCUGCUGUACCCCAGCGAACCGGAGACGUCAGCGGCUUCUGCUGUGGCUGCUGCUGCAGCUUCUUCUUCCUCCUUAGCCAGGCAGAGCGGAAGAGCUGCAUCCGUGACAUCGUUCGCGCCCUCCAGUGAGCUGGACAUCCACCUCCGCCGCCAUCAUCGUCAACAUAAAGGCUCCGCGCGGCACGGCGGCGCCUCGCGCGCGGUGUCGGUCCACGUCCCGUUCAGUAUGGAGAGCCCCGUCCUGCGCAACAGCACAUUGCGAGACAGCAAAGGGAAUGAGCACGCCAGUGCACACGACCUUCUGUUUACGUCACCGGAGAUGACGGAUGCGCAGCGACGCACCGCUGGCCCGGCGACGCAGCACGCUCAACUGCAGCAGCAGCAGCCACCUCGUGAGGAAGCAGAGGCGGGGUCUUCGGCAGGUCCGCCGGUGGAGGGCACGGUGGUAAGUGGCAACGCCGUGACGACGAGCAGUAAUAUGAAUGAGAAUACGACUAUGAAUUCAGCAGUUUCGCCCGAAGAAAAGGGUCGAGAAGGUGGAAGGGAUGGCGAGAAUACUAAUAAUGUUAAUAGUAAAGACGGAGAGGACGCAGAAGAACCGUUCUGCCGCAUCUGUCGAGAGGGCAACGACGUAGCUCCGCUUAUCACGCCGUGCGGGUGUACCGGUUCGGUGCGCUUUGUGCAUGCGCGCUGUCUCGAUCACUGGCGGCUGGAGAGCGCGAAGCGCAACCUCGCCAACGUGAACCACUGCGAAAUAUGCAAGAUGCCCUUCACGGUGAACAUCCAGCGCUCGACGCUGUUCUGGGAGAGCUCGCAGCACAUCCUGCGCGGUGUCUGCCUCUUCUUCACCUGUUUCGUGGUGGUGGUGCUGACCACGAUGCUCACGCACGGCAUCUUCGGUGAGCUUUCCUGCCUCGCGUACUAUCACGAAGUCGCGUACAGCACGAUGUUUCGCUUCGAGGGCCUGUCUCUCUCCCUGUUCGUCUACGGUCUUGCCGUGCUGCUCGUCUUGCUGGGCAAUUUGAUCGUUUACAGCUGGUUCCGCAGCCGCCCUGAGGUAGAGGAGUACGUGGCGGAGAUGCACACCAUCCCGCCCUUCUACUCCCGCCACAACAUGAUUCUGAUUGUGCUCGUGUGUCUGCUGCUGCUUGCACAGGUGCACGCGAUCGGCUUCCUGUUGAAGUACUUUCUGUACCACACGAGCCAGAUUGUGUGGAGCUGGGAGACGUCGCCGCUCGUGGGCGGCAUCCUCUUCGCCCUUUUCACCAUCUGCAGCAUUACGGUGUGCAGCUGGGGACGGCAGAUGUACUUCCUGCACGUGGCGAGCCGCGGCAACGGACUGCAUCCGGCGGAGGACGUGGUGGUUGAAGCGAUGAGGAAUGACAACAACGGCGAUGAUGCCGCAGCGCCGACUGCGCCGGCAAACGCACCUCCUGUGGGGCUGAACUAUCACCCUUCUCACGCGCCGUCAUUGCCGCAGCAGGCGACCGACAAUAAUAAUGCGACGCCAACUUCCUUCUGGGCGGCGGUAGAGCAGAAUCUCGUGCUAGGAAGUGCCUCGCCACCUCAGGAAGAGCGGAGUCUGCUACCCAGCUCUCCCUUACCCUUUCUUCGGGCGGAAGAAACGCCGCAGCCACCCGAUCAGGAUGAUACAUACACGCGUUACUUCGAAGUGCCGCCGGAGCAGCGUGUCAUUCGGGCCUUCGAGUACUGCCCGCCGACUCGCCGAAUGCCGAAGUGA